CGCACACAGUCGACCGCCCCUAAACAGGAAGUGGUAGUCAAAUAAGUCAAGUAAGCAGGCAAGCUAGCUCGCUAGUUGCAGUAACUAGGCUGCCCUCGUAUUAAAGGUAUUUUUGCCAAAAUGGGAUUAUUCGGCAGAACACCGGAGAAGCCACCGAAAGAUCUGGUAAAUGAGUGGACACAGAAAAUCCGUAAGGAAUCGAGAACCAUCGACAGACAAAUUCGAGAUAUUCAAAGGGAACAAGAAAAAGUGAAGAGAUCCAUCAAAGAUGCAGCCAAAAAGGGCCAGAAGGAUGUUUGUGUGAUUCUCGCUAAAGAGAUGAUUCAGUCAAAACGUGCCGUGACAAAACUCUACUCCUCCAAAGCCCACCUGAACUCGGUGAUGCUCAACAUGAAGAAUCAACUUUCUUUACUGCGUGUGGCCGGGUCCCUGCAGAAGAGCACAGAUGUCAUGAGAGCCAUGCAAAAUCUUAUUAAAGUCCCAGAGAUACAGGCCACCAUGAGAGAACUAUCAAAGGAGAUGAUGAAGGCUGGUAUCAUUGAGGAAAUGUUGGAAGACACUUUUGACAGCAUUGAGGACGGAGAGGACAUGGAGGAAGCGGCAGCGGAGGAAGUCGACAAGAUCCUCUUUGAGAUUACAGCAGGCGCCCUCGGUAAAGCGCCCGGCAAAGUCACAGACGCCCUGCCCGAGAUGCCGUCCGGAGCCACCGCAGCCUCAGAGGAUGAAUCCGAGGAAGACAUUGAAGAGAUGCAGUCCAGACUAGCUGCUCUUCGGAGUUAAGGUGGCCGGCUAAAUGUACUGUUAGUUUGCUCGCUCAAUCCAAGAGCAGAGACAUCACAGGUUCAGCUUUUUGCAGUACUGAGCAUCCUCUCUGCGACUUACUAUCAUUUAUUUCCUCACAUAAUCUUCUGGGUUACACUUUGUGCUUGGGUCAUUAUGCCAUUUUUGAUUUGGUCAGAGGACUUUUGCUCUUUUUAUUCUAAGUGGUUAUUCUCGGUAUUACCCGAAGUUAUUAAAUAGAUGGUUUCCAAAAGUGUAAAUAAUGUAAGUAUGAAAAGCCUACUGUGCCUAUAGUGCUUCGUCAUCUGUCCUUUUUGAUUGGUAUGUGUUUCAUCUUUAAACUCGGUUUAAAUUUUCAACUCAAAUUCACAUCACUAAGUAGACCUUUGUAACGAAAACUCUAGAGUAAUAUGUGCGUUUUUUUUUUAACACAGGUCUGUACAGUCACUGUCUUCUAUACGGAAUAGACUAAAUAUACGGAAUAGACCAAAAAAAAUGCACGCAAACCCCCUUCUCCCCGCGCACCCCGGCACAUUUGUUGUGCGUCAACACUCUUGUGUGUCCAAAGUUUGCAGGAUAUCUAUCUUGUGGAAGUGCAAUGUGUGUGUAUUUUGUAUGUACAUGGGGUAUAAAUUAAGGAAAUUAAAUUUUAAGGACAAAGGG